AUGGAACGUAGAAGAUUGCGCAAAGGGCCGCUGCCUGGAGGUCGUCAGGGCGCGUCUGGAGCUGGCGCUGGACGCGACAGCAUGCGAACCGCCAGCCGAGCGCGAGGUGCUGCACGACCACCCUGCAGCCCCUCGCAUCCAUCAUCCCCACCAGCUUGCUUGGUGUCGGCAGGGUCUUCGCAGGCCCAGCAAUCGGCACCCGCCACUGGUGGAGUACGCCGCAUGCGAUGGACCAUCAAUAUGAAUUCAAACGCAUUGCGGGCGUAUUUUAGGGCGAAAGGGGGAGAAAUUGGAGGUUUCGCGUAUCGGGCUAGGGGAUGCAUCGUCUUUUUACUGAGCUGGAGCCAUCUAUUACUGUCACCGAGCAAAACCUGGCAGACCGAGUUCGGUAUAUCUUACGCUCAAAUAUAUUUGAUGGCGCCGAACUCGAACGGCUACGACGUGAGGCUGUUCCCCUCAUCAAAUGAAAACGCUACGACUGAGGGUGCGGUGCCACAAGUUGCAGAACAACCCGCACACGUGGAUGCCGCCGAGAAUACCCCAGUGGUUGCUGAUUCAAAUGAUGAUGGAACAUUCACCCAGGAACUAGAAAUAGAGCAAAUGAGGAGUACAUUGGAAGAGGCGAUUAUGGAAACGCGCAGUACGCCUCUCGAAAAUCGACCGCGACUUCCCGCAUAG